UUUCACGUUGAGGUGGUGAGGAUUGACUCUUGAGGGAGAGGGGCAUGAGAAUGAGAAAUUCGGCCUCUGGCUCUAGGCCUCUGCUCUGCAAAUUAACUAUUUAUAUAUAGAGAUAUAUGUGUGUGUAUUAUGAUUCAAUUAAUGUGUUGUGUAAUAAUGUAACUAGUAUAAGUAGAAGAGUAGUAGAGAGAAGACAUUGGAGACAAAAUCUAUCCAUUUGUUAUUUGUUGAUUUGUUAGAGAAAAGAUAACAUAAAGAAAGAGAAGAUUGAGAUUGAGAGUGAGAGAGAGGAACGGAGAUGUCAGAAGCUGAAGCAGCCAAGGCAAUAGUGAAGGAAAGAGGAGGAGCAGUGCUUGGGAAGAAGACGAUUCUGAAGAGCGAUCACUUUCCUGGCUGCCACAACAAGCGCCUCUCUCCUCACAUCGACGGCGCUCCCAACUACCGUCAGGCAGAGUGUUUACAUGUCCAUGGAGUUGCAAUUCCUACCAUGGAUGGGAUCCGCAAUGUUCUCAAUCAUAUUAAUGCCAAGACUUCCCGUCUUCUUUGGAUUAGUCUCCGCGAAGAACCCGUAGUCUACAUUAAUGGCCGUCCUUUUGUUUUGCGUGACGUGGAAAGGCCCUUCUCGAACCUUGAAUACACGGGAAUCAACAGGGCUAGGGUUGAACAAAUGGAAGCUCGACUUAGAGACGAUAUCUUCGUGGAAGCUGCAAGGUAUGAAAAUAAGAUACUCGUCACUGAUGAACUACCAGACGGACAAAUGGUGGACCAAUGGGAACCGGUGUCUCGUGAUUCUGUGAAGACGCCACUCGAGGUGUACGAGGAAUUGCAAGUAGAAGGAUACCUUGUUGACUAUGAGCGUGUUCCAAUAACUGAUGAGAAAGCACCGAAGGAGUCUGAUUUUGAUAUUUUGGUCCAUAAAAUUUCUCAAGCUGAUAUAAAUACGGAGAUUAUAUUUAACUGUCAAAUGGGACGUGGACGGACUACAACGGGGAUGGUGAUCACAACUUUGGUUUACCUCAAUCGGAUUGGAUCUUCUGGUAUUCCAAGAACCAACUCAAUUGGAAGAAUUUCUGACUCUGCUGCUAAUGUAACUGACCAUAUUUCAAACUCGGACGAGGCACUUCGUAGAGGAGAAUAUGCCGUCAUAAGGAGCCUAGUUCGGGUACUAGAGGGUGGUCUUGAAGGAAAAAGACAAGUAGAUAAAGUCAUUGACAGAUGUGCCUCCAUGCAGAACUUGCGUGAGGCAAUUGCCACUUAUCGCAACAGUAUUCUACGUCAACCAGAUGAAAUGAAAAGGGAGGCAUUGCUAUCUUUUUUUGUAGAGUAUCUGGAAAGAUACUACUUUCUUAUAUGCUUUGCUGUCUACAUUCACUCGGAAAAAUCAGCCCUUCAAUCUAGCUCCCUCGAUAAUGUCAGUUUUGCUGACUGGAUGAGAGCAAGGCCGGAACUUUAUAGCAUUAUUCGCAGACUACUAAGGAGAGAUCCCAUGGGUGCACUUGGGUAUGCAAAUUUGAAGCCAUCCCUGAUGAAGAUUGCUGAAUCUACUGGCGGUCGUCCUUCUGAGAUGGGUAUAGUUGCUGCCUCGAGAAAUGGAGAGGUUUUAGGAAGCCAAACUGUUCUGAAAAGUGACCACUGUCCUGGUUGUCAAAACCAAAGUUUACCUGAAAGAGUGGACGGUGCCCCUAAUUUCAGAGAAGUUCCUGGUUUUCCAGUUUAUGGAGUAGCUAAUCCAACUAUCGACGGAAUACGAUCUGUUAUAAAGAGGAUUGGCGGUUAUAAAGGUGGUUGCCCAGUUCUUUGGCACAACAUGAGAGAGGAACCUGUUAUUUACAUCAAUGGAAAACCAUUUGUGCUCCGUGAAGUUGAAAGGCCAUACAAGAACAUGCUUGAAUAUACGGGUAUUGAUCGCGAGAGAGUGGAGAGAAUGGAAGCUCGACUGAAAGAAGAUAUCCUGAGAGAAGCUGAACAUUAUGGGGGUGCUAUAAUGGUCAUUCAUGAAACAGAUGAUGGGCAAAUAUUUGAUGCCUGGGAACAUGUGAACUCUGAUGCCAUUCAGACUCCACUUGAGGUUUUUAAAUGCUUAGAGGCUGAUGGUUUUCCUAUUAAGUAUGCACGUGUACCUAUAACAGAUGGUAAAGCUCCAAAAAGUUCUGAUUUUGACACAUUGGCGAUGAAUAUUGCUUCUUCUUCCAAGGAUACUGCUUUUGUUUUUAAUUGUCAGAUGGGCAGAGGAAGGACAACCACUGGCACUGUAAUAGCUUGCCUUUUGAAACUUCGAAUCGAUUAUGGUAGACCUAUUAAAAUCCUUCUUGACAGUAUGACCCAUGAAGAUGCCGAUGGUGGAUCAUCAAGUGGCGAAGAAACAGGAGGUCCUGUUGCUGCAUCCGAUGUUGCAAAAGUAAGAAUUGAAAAAGAGCAGGGUCAAAGCUUUGGCAUAAAUGAUAUCUUGUUGUUGUGGAAAAUAACAAGACUAUUCGAUAAUGGGGUGGAAUGCCGGGAAGCCUUAGAUGCUAUAAUUGACAGAUGUUCUGCUCUGCAGAACAUACGCCAAGCUGUUCUUCAGUAUAGAAAGGUAUUCAAUCAACAACAUGUUGAACCCAGAGUAAGGAGAGUAGCGCUGAACCGCGGAGCUGAGUACUUGGAGCGCUACUUCCGUUUGAUUGCUUUUGCAGCAUACUUGGGAAGUGAAGCAUUUGAUGGAUUUUGCGGACAAGGAGAAUCAAGGAUGACAUUUAAGGAUUGGUUGCAUAAAAGACCGGAGGUUCAAGCAAUGAAAUGGAGCAUAAGAUUAAGGCCUGGGAGAUUUUUUACCGUUCCUGAGGAGUUGAGAGCACCAUAUGAGUCCCAGAAUGGGGAUGCUGUUAUGGAAGCAAUCGUAAAGGCCCGUAAUGGCUCUGUUUUGGGAAAAGGGUCUAUACUGAAGAUGUAUUUUUUUCCUGGCCAGAGAACUUCUAGCAACAUACAGAUUCAUGGUGCACCACAUGUUUACAAGGUGGAUGGAUACCCUGUAUAUAGUAUGGCAACUCCAACAAUCGCCGGUGCCAAAGAGAUGCUAUCAUAUCUAAGCGCUAAGCCCGAAGCUGAAGGAUUUGCAGCUCAGAAAGUGAUACUAACAGAUCUGAGAGAAGAAGCAGUUGUUUACAUUAAUGGAACACCUUUUGUUCUGAGGGAGCUAAAUAAACCUGUUGAUACACUAAAGCAUGCGGGAAUAACUGGUCCAGUGGUGGAACACAUGGAAAUGCGCCUAAAAGAAGAUAUAUUGGCUGAAGUUAGACAGUCAGGUGGUCGAAUUCUUUUACAUCGUGAAGAAUAUAACCCUGCACUAAAGCAAUCCAGUGUGAUAGGAUACUGGGAAAACAUCUUUCCAGACGGUGUGAAGACGCCUUCGGAAGUAUAUACUUCUUUGAAAGGCGAUGGUUACAAUAUUACAUAUAGGAGAAUUCCAUUAACAAGAGAGAGGGAGGCAUUAUCUUCUGAUGUUGAUGAAAUACAAUACUGCAUAGAUGAUUCUGCAGGAUGUUACCUUUUUGUAUCACACACAGGAUUUGGAGGAGUGGCAUAUGCAAUGGCUAUCAUUUGUAUUAGAAUUGGUGCAGAGGCAAACUUCUCUUUGAAAAUUCCAACAUCCUUGGCUAGUACAAACUGGUUAUAUAGUGCUGAAGAGGAGUUGUCUUCUCGGGCUUGUAACGAAGAAACGCUCAGGAUGGGAGAUUAUCGUGAUAUCCUAAGCCUUACUAGGGUUCUCGUGUAUGGUCCAGAAAGUAAAGCAGAUGCUGACCUUGUCAUUGAAAGGUGUGCAGGUGCAGGACACUUGCGGGAUGAUAUCUUUUACUACAGAAAGGAACUGGAGAAGUUUCCGGACAUCGAUGAUGAACAUGGAGCAUACUUAAUGGACAUGGGGAUCAAGGCUCUAAGGCGAUACUUUUUCCUCAUAACGUUCAGGUCCUACCUCCUCUGCACUCCUGCAGCCAAUACGACAUUCGCGUCAUGGAUGGAAGCGAGGCCUGAACUCGGCCAUUUGUGUAAUAACCUAAGAAUCGACAAGUGAUUUCUUUCCGUCUUUCUAGCUAUUGCCUUAUUGUUUAUAGGGAAUAUCUUGGCAUUUUUAUGUACAGCCUAUUUACUAAGUUCUAUAUGCCAAUUGCUAUUUAGUAUUUGCUAUUUGUAGCCCCUCUCAGUUUUCUACGUCCCAGCUAGUAGUAUCAUCCAUAUUUCAUGGCCAUGUAUUUAUUUUCCUUUGCAGUUUAUACCCUAUGGCUGUUAGUUCUCGUUUGAAAGAACCGAAAUAUAGAAGACUAGUGCCAGAAAUAUGUUGAAGUUUUUCUCUUUUCUUCGCUCUUGUUGGUUUGUUUAUUGCCUGAUAAAAAUAUUGGGAAGGAGCGGUAAUAUAGAUGAGCCUUUGCCCCCUUUUGCAA